AUGUCAGACGUACCCCAGACGCUCGAUGUUGUAGUAACAGGUACAUUAGAUUGGCUGGAGCAGUCGGACAACAAACGUGCUGUAUUUUGGAUAACUGUCACAAAAACAUGGAUGUCGGGUCCCGGGUCCGGCUGCACCGCCCCGGCCGUGCGCGCCCCUGCGGUGCGUCUGGUUGGGGCCCUGAAUCACCGGGAUCCAAUGUGGGGUGGAGGCUCCUCAGGGCAGACGGCGCUUCUCUCGUUUCCGACUCAGUCUGCAGCACGUCCUGUUGUAGCUCUGGUCUCAUCAGUGCCCGUGCCAAUGUGCCAGCAGCAAGCAGGGAAGCUUCAGGAGCUCCCCCAGUCACCCUCACUGAAUAGUGGGCAGCGAAAUGCUUCUAAGGUUCCUGUGUUGAACUUUCGUGGUCCUUGUAGGCAAAUUUUAAAAGAAGCUUUAGAAGAUGAGCCCCCUGAUUCCUGCCUGGGGGUUGGGAAGCGAGAAGGAGCGACAGCUGAAGUUUCUUCAUCUUUUGUGAUUCUGUCUGUAUGUAGUCUAGUAGUGCUGGUAAUACUGCUUGCAAACUGUGUCUCCUGCUGUAAAGAUCCUGAGAUAGAUUUCAAGGAAUUUGAAGAUAACUUUGAUGAUGAGAUAGAUUUUACACCUCCAGCAGAAGAUACUCCCUCUGUUCAGUCUCCAGCAGAAGUGUUUACUCUUUCAGUUCCCAGUAUUGCUGUACCAACUCCGUCCCAGUUUCCACAUCUUUCAGAGGGAUCAAAGUCUCAAGUUUCUCGUCAGAGUCUAAACUAUAUCCAAGAAAUUGGAAAUGGCUGGUUUGGAAAGGUUCUGCUUGGAGAGAUCUACACAGGUACUAGUGUAGCACGAGUAGUAGUGAAGGAGUUGAAGGCAAGUGCGGGUCCCAAGGAACAAGAACAGUUCUUAAGAAGCGGAGAACCAUAUUACAUUCUUCAGCAUCCAAAUGUUCUCCAGUGUAUUGGGCAGUGUGUGGAAGCCAUUCCUUAUCUUCUAGUUUUUGAGUUCUGUGACUUGGGUGACCUAAAAACUUAUAUCUGCAAUGAGCAGGAACAUAUUAAAGGAGAAUCACAAAUCAUGCUGCUACAGAGAAUGGCAUGCGAGAUUGCUGCUGGACUUGCUGUAAUGCAUAAACAUAAUUUUGUGCAUAGUGACUUGGCCUUGCGGAAUUGCUUUCUUACAUCCGAUUUAAAUGUCAAAGUAGGAGAUUAUGGUAUAGGAUUCAGUAGGUACAAGGAAGAUUAUAUUGAGACAGAGGAGAAGAAACUUGUCCCUCUUCGAUGGACUGCACCUGAAUUAGUAACAAGCUUUCAAGACAGGCUGUUAUCAGCAGAGCAAAACAAGUACAGCAACAUAUGGUCACUGGGUGUGACACUGUGGGAGCUUUUUGAAAAUGCUGCUCAGCCUUAUUCAGACUUCUCUGACAGGGAGGUCCUUCUCCAUGUCAUAAAGGAGAAGCAGGUUAAACUCUUCAAGCCACAUCUGGAACAGCCAUACUCUGAUAGAUGGUAUGAAGUUCUGCAGUUCUGCUGGCUACCUCCAGAAAAGCGACCAACAGCAGAAGAAGUGCAUAGACUUUUAACCUACCUUCGCAUGCAAAGCCAAAGGGACUCUGAGAUUGAUUUUGAGCAGCAGUGGAAUGCUCUUAAACCAAAUGCCUCAAAUAGAGAAGCAAAUAAUUCUGCAUUUCCAAUCUUGGAUCACUUUACAGGAGAUAGACUUGGCCAUGAAAUGGAAGAAGUUCUUACUGUAACUGAAACAAGCCAGGGUCUCAGCUUUGAAUACAUCUGGGAGGCAGCUAAGCAUGACCAUUUCGAUGAGUGUGGUCAUGUGAAUCCUGAUGACUCAAUGACAUACACAAAUAUUUUCUAUCCCGUGGAGGUUUUUGAGAGGUCCCUUUCAGAGCAAGGGCCAGGAGCACAAGAUGAAAGCGGUCAGGAAACAUCCCUUGCUGUCCCUGGGGUGUUACCUGUGUUUGAUGCUCACAAGCUCUCUGUUGGAAGUGAUUACUAUAUUCAGUUAGAGGAGAAAGGUAGCGGCUGCAGCAUGAGUUUUGAUAAUCAGUCAGUUGUGCUAACUACAGAACUUGAUCAUCAAGAAACUCUACAAGACAAAAAUUCUCAUUUCAUGGUUCUCAGGGAUCUUGAUGUUGAAGAAUCCAGCACCGAUGGGGAUUUCUUUCACUAUAAUACAGAUCCUAAAGAGGAAAUUUUGCCUGCUGCUGGUAGUCCAGAAAGUCCUUUCCAGAAUAUUUUCAGUGAAGUGGACAGAUCAAAAGAGUUGAUGCACAGAAGUAUAUUUGGCUUAGCUGAAAUGAACGAUAUUUCUAAAGACUUUAAGCCAACUGCUUUAAACUCCAACGUGGGCAUUAUAAACACAGUAAGCCCUUCUGAGAAAGAGCAUUCUAGUUGUGCUUCCGAAAGUGAAACUCUCCUCUUGUGUGAUAAUAUCUCUAACCAGUCUCGCCUGGUAACUUUAGAAGAACUCUCUGAAAACUACUUAUUUCUGCAAGAGAAGAAGUUAUUAACGGGGAUACUGGCUAACAAAACCAGCAGUGAUCUGGGGCAAAAAACAGAAGCUAUUCUAAAAAGUAUAUUAGAAAGCUCGAAUAGGAACUCUGUAGAGCCUGCACCUAUGUUGGCUGAAAAUGCACCUGUCUUUUCUUUAAUAUCUGAAAAUCUUAAACCUGUGAAAGAUGAAAAUUUUAACCCAAUGACAAUAAAUAAAGAUUUGAAUUAUCACACUGAGACUUCUGCAGAGAUUCUGGCACCUUCUAGUCCAUCUGUACCACGUAAGUCAUGCGAUAAUCAUGUAAAUCCUUCCUAUUUGAAGGAUGAGGGAAAACAGUUAAAUGUGGAAGUCGGUGAAGUCAUGCCCUCUAAUACUGACAGUCUCUGUCAAGAAGACCUUUCCAAUAAUGCCAAAAAUCAUAAUAUUGGAAACAAACCAUCUUAUGGUAUUGCAUUGGAAAUGGAGUGUGAGGGACAAAUAAAACCUGAAAUGCUAAUUAAUUCUGAUGAAAUAACUUUAAGUAGUAUUGGUAGAGACAAAUGUAAUGAUCAAGAAGAUAGGAAAAAAAACUUGCAAAACAAGUCACCAAUUUUAAAAAAAGAUGAAGAUUUAUUGGAGGAAAGACAAGAUAUAUCUAGUCAUUUUCAGAACUGUAAAGAUGUUACUGAAGAGGUGACCUUAACUUCUGUUGUUACUUCAGAUUGUACAAGUCAGGAUAGUCUCUUGGAAGAUGGCGCCUCUCCUACACAAACUGUAGAGCAAGCCUUAGAAACACCUGACUCUUUGGAUUCUUUAGAUGUAAAUGAGGUUUUAGAAUCUUUACAGACCCAGAGUCCUCAAAAACUUUUGCCUCCUGAUAAACCUGCAGACAGUGGCUAUGAAACAGAGAACCUGGAGUCGCCAGAAUGGACUUCCCAUAUCACGGUUGAGGAUGGUUCUAAUGCAGAUACUGCGUUGGGUACUGUCAGUGACAGCAAUGUUAGUGCUUUAUCUCCUAAUCCGGUUAUAAUUGUCUCAGAAGUAGCUUGUGUAGAUGCAGUAAACAGCAAUUUUGAAAUAACCCCAAAUAUUUUUGUAAAUGGAAAUCAAAAUUCAUAUAGAGACUCUGCCUAUUUCUCUGAUAACGAUUCUGAGCCAGAUAAAAAAACAGAAGAGGCUGUAAAUCUAACAAGAGAGGCCGCAAAUGUUGUUUCUUCAAACAGAGAAGAAAAUAAUACUGAGGAUUACUGUUCUGAAGAGAUAGAGCAAAAGCAUGAUCUGAGAAAUUACCAGGAUACUAAUAAUCAAAAUGCAAAAUUAGAAUUAAAUCACGAGCUAGAGAUGCAAGAGACAGAUGUAACAAUACAGGGGCAUCCUGACAAGUGGGCUGAGGCAAUGAUGAAUUCCUUGAAAAAAUCAGUGGAAAGUAACUUCAGGAAUGAAAUAAAAUCGUUUAAUGCUUCCCACAAAAGUGUCUCUUGUGUUGGCACCAACACGUCAGAACUUUUUUCACACAGAGACCUUAAGUCAGUACAUGAUAUGCAGAGUCCUUCAGAUGCAAGCAACAGUGAGAAGUCCUUCUAUCACCUUGAAGGUUCAAAACUGAAAGAACCAGACAUUGAAGGAAAAUACCUUGGCAAACUCGAUGUUUCUGGAAUGCUAGAUAUAGAAGAUGGUGAUGAUGCAGAUGAAGAAGACGAAAACAGUGAUUCUGAGGAUGAUAUGAGGACUUUUCAUAUGCACAGUCUGAGUUCUGACAGUGAAGAUGAAAUUGUUCAUCAAGUACCUGAGAUACUUAGUGACAAGGAUGAUGGGAAACAUCUGAGAAGCUUGCUGAAACUUCCAAAAUCUCCUACAAAUGAAAGUCAACUUGAGCAUUGGAAAAAUGAGAAAAAGGCUGUAACAUUCUUCGAUGAUGUAACAGUCUAUCUGUUUGAUCAGGAAACACCAACUAAAGAGCUGGGAAACCGUGUGACAGACUUGACCAACCAGGGCUCCGGCAGCGCUCCUGUUCCGCCUUCAGGUUUUAGCUACUUAAACAGAUUUACCAAUUCGGAAAGCUCAACAGAUGAAGAAGGUGGAGGCUUUGAAUGGGAUGAUGACUUCUCUUCUUCAGAACCCUCCUUUAUAUCAAAGGCAGCUAAUAGCCUUAUUAGCCCUAAACUGCCUCUUCAGUCAAAGUAUUUCUCUCCACCUCCACCUACCCGGACUCUCGAACAGAACUGGUCACAUUCAUCCCCUUAUUCCAGAUUCUCUAUAUCUCCUGCAAAUAUAGCAAGCUUUUCUCUCACACAUCUUACAGAUUCAGAUAUAGAGCAAGGAGGAAGCAGUGAAGAUGGAGAAAAAGAUUAGACAGAUUGAAGCUUCUUCCUGGGAUUACAUAGAACACACGCACUCUGUGUCUGAAACUUCUUUAUCUAAACUCUGGAUAUCCUGGAGUAAACACAGGUAAUCAAGAAGUACUAAGAAAUGAAAGUAAACACUGAAAGCAAUGUUAAAUCAGGAUAUUAAUUUGAAUGUGUAUUUAACUUUGUAAUGUAUUUUUAAAUCAGUGCAAUUUUGCUUUUCAUUGAAAGAUGAUUCUGCCGCUGUUUUCAAGUACUUGAAGUAUUUUUCAGAUAAUUUAAGAAAUAAGUAAAGCAAUUACACUACAGUCUGGUUUAUGUAUGAGAUUGUAUAAUAUUCUUUUUAUAUUUUUUCCAUGUAGUUCAUUAUCUAUUUGAACAUUCACCUGUUGUAGACUUGUGUAUAACUGUCCUGUGCAACAGGUGGCUGUGUUGCUGAAACUGUAUGAAUGAUAGUUGAUCAGUAGUGAGCCAUAUUUAUU